UCAGGGCAGUUUAAGCUGCUGGAACAAGACCGAGAUAUUAAGGAGCCAGUGCAGUAUUUUAACAGUGUGGAGGAGGUGGCUAAAGCAUUUCCUGAACGAGUUUACGUCAUGGAGGAAAUAACAUUCAACGUUAAGGUGGCUUCAGGUGAAUGCAAUGAAGACACUGAGGUUUACAACAUUACCCUUAGUACUGGGGAUGAACUCACUUUAAUGGGGCAAGCAGAAAUCCUUUAUGCAAAAUCUUCUAAGGAGAAGUCACGACUCAACACCAUCUUCAAAAAAAUCGGGAAACUUAAUUCAAUUAGUAAGCUAGGCAGAGGCAAAAUGCCCUGCCUAAUCUGCAUGAACCACAGGACCAACGAGAGCAUCAGUCUCCCUUUCCAGUGUAAGGGCAAGUUUAGCACUCGCAGCCCGCUGGAGGUGCAGAUGCAAGAAGGUGAGCACACAAUUCGCAAUAUAGUAGAAAAAACCAGGCUGCCCGUUAAUGUGACUGUGCCGAGUCCUACACCAAGAAACCCUUAUGACCUGCAUUUUAUCCGGGAAGGGCACAGGUACAAGUUUGUCAACAUUCAAACCAAGACUGUGGUGGUUUGUUGCGUGCUUCGUGGCAACAAAAUUAUUCCCAUGCAUUUUCCCUUGCAUUUGACACUUCCAAAAUUUACUUUACCCGACAGUCUGGUGAAGGGGGAGCUGUGGCAUGAAUCCCUCAUCCAGCAUUGGUUUAAUAUAUGCCAGGAACAGUUUGACAUAGAUGAGUAUUCCAGGGCCGUGCGAGAUGUGAAAACCGACUGGAACGAAGACUGCAAGAGCCCGAAGAAGAGCCGAUGCACAGGGCACAGCCACGUCCCGAACUCCCUCAGCUACGCGCGGGACGAGCUCACACAGUCCUUCCACCGGCUUUCGGUGUGCGUCUAUGGAAACAACUUGCAUGGGAAUAGUGAAGUGAACCUCCACGGCUGCAGGGACUUGUGUAACGAGUGGGCCCUGUUCUCUCAUGAUGCUCUUCAGUACCAGGAGUCUGGUGACAGUAGCAGUGAUUACCUUUUCCCUGAAGUUAGCGAAGAAUCGAUGUUUCUGCCUCCAAAACCAGAACUUCCUUAUGAAGAGCUGUGGCUGGACCAAGGGUCUGGAAAGGCUGGUGACCAGCCUCUCACUCGCUCGCUAAGUGAGAAGAACAAAUGUGACAACUACAGAGGGUCUUUCCGAUCAAAGUGUGGUGGUACUGCAUCUCUUCCUGUGCCUGCAACUGUUGGAGCAACCACAAAGUCUUCAGAUGUUUCCCUACCUCCACCUCCAGUGCCUCCCAAAUCGGAAGCAGUAAAAGAGGAAUGCAGGCUCCUGAAUGCUCCCCCCGUCCCACCACGGAGUUCAAAGCCGUCCUCCACCAGUCCUUCCAUCCCUCCUCGUACAGUCAAACCUGCACGACAGCAGACCCGCUCUCCUAGCCCUACUCUGUCCUACUACUCUUCGGGACUGCACAACAUCAAUGUCACAGAGAGCGACAACACCAAUCCAACUGAGAGCGCACCUGUUUCCUGCUACCCUUGUAACAUGAUGAAAACCGAAGCCAAAGAGCCUGAGAGCACGAUGCCUUUGGGAAGCCCCUCAACUGAAGCUCUGCCUUCGAGGUUAUCUUGGCCAAACCAUUUUUCAGGAACUGCUGAAGGCCUGAAUAGGAGUGAUUUCCUGCUCGAUUCAAGCAGGAGCUACAGUUACCCCAGACAGAAGACUCCAGGUACGCCAAAGAGAAACUGUCCAGCACCUUUAACUUUUGACUUCGAUGGGUGUGAGCUCCUGGCGGGGUGCUCCCCGCUGACCCCAGCAGAGUUCACAAACACCAUCUCUAGCUGUCCAAAGUCGGCAAGUUACUCUCUAGACUGCACUGAUGAGAAAACUCUGGGAGUCAGCAACACAAAGCAGAGCCAUUCGUGUCCUGCCUUACCUCCUCGGGCACCGAAGUCAAGUGAAGAGAAGACGGUUACAGACAUGUGUCCCUUGCCGCUGAAAAUAGAUGGUGCUGAGGAGGAGCCAAAAACUGGUUCUCCAGACCUCUUGGAAGAUCAGUAUCUCGUUAAAAAGGGGAUGCAGGAUACGUUCUCUGUGUCUUAUCCCUUCUCAUCUCCCCUCCACCUUCAGUUAGCACCAAGAUCUUGUGGGGAUGGCUCUCCCUGGCAGCCACCCACGGACCUUUCUGGACUCUCGAUAGAGGAAGUGUCUAAGUCGCUGAGGUUUAUUGGUCUGUCAGAAGAUGUCAUAUCGUUUUUUGUUACAGAGAAGAUUGAUGGCAAUUUACUCGUUCAGCUUACGGAAGAAAUCCUGUCAGAAGACUUUAAGCUAAGCAAAUUGCAGGUUAAGAAAAUACUACAGUUCAUUAAUGGCUGGCGGCCCAAGAUGUGAUGCCGACUAGUUAUUAGCGAAACUGUACAAGAUGUGCUCUAUGCACUUCAGCUAAUACAUCACUUCCUGUUUUUUGCACUAAAAGCCCUUCCUGUAAAUAG